GCUUCCACACGCACCACCGCAACCAUGACCAUGGGCAAGAUCAUCUUCUAUGAGGACAGGAACUUCCAGGGCCGUUCCUAUGAGACCAGCAGCGACUGCGCUGACAUGUCCUCUUACCUGAGCAGGUGCCUCUCUUGCCGGGUGGAGAGCGGCUGCUUCAUGGUCUAUGACCGUACAAACUACAUGGGCAACCAGUUUUUUGUCAGGAGGGGCGACUACUCAGAUUACCAGCGGAUCGGCAUGAGUGACUGCAUCAGGUCUUGCCGCAUGAUCCCCUUGCACAGAGGCCAGUUCAGGAUCAGGAUCUUUGAGCGGGAGAACAUGAGCGGCCAGUCCAACGAGCUGCAGGAGGACUGCGAGAACAUCGUGGACCGCCUUCGCAUGAGCGAAUGUAUGUCCUGCAACGUGCUGGAUGGCCACUGGCUGCUGUUUGAGCAACCCAACUUCAGGGGCAAGAUGAUUUACCUGAGGCCUGGCGAGUACAGGAGCUUCAGAGAUAUGGGCAUGAGUGGCACUCGCAUCAUGAGCAUGAAGCGCAUCAUGGAAUCCUGCUCUUAGAAGCAGCUGUGGAGCAAAACAAGAUUUUAAAUAAAAAUCACUUUUAAAUCUA